AUGAACCAUGCAGGAAAUGCACCCUUGUCCAAGUCCUUUCCUCCAUUACCUACACGUCCUACCCUUCCUCUUCCUUUGGAGGACAAGGACAUACAAAAAUAUUCAUGGAACGAUUUGAAGCGUAUAUUUGAGGCUUUCUCAGAGCGAGAGCGAGCUUUAGAGCUUCGUGUUUCUGCCCUAUGUUUCCGAGCGGAGGAAAGUCUUAAGGCAUUGCAGACGGGCAACCCUAUGUCCGAGCCAGACGAAGAGGAUGCAUUGCACGAGCAUCCUAUUUUGGGGUUGCGUCUUUUGCAACGCGUUGAUCAGCUCCAGAGGGAGAACGAUGACCUAGCUCAACGCAUUGAUGACCUGCUUCAGACGACAUCCAUGGAGCAUAUCAAAGCAUGCGAGCAGGAAAUUCAAGAUUCGCAUGAGCUGAUCGCCGCCCUGGAUACGGCUCUCACGCAAGCCAACGCGCGUUUGGCUGUGUCUGGCAUGGACUAA